AUGCAACCUCAAGAGUUUCCGAACCAAAUUCCUAAUAAAUACCCUUUCUUAUGGCCAUUCACACAAAAGGUGAAGAUAGGGCCUCUUACUGUUUCUCCAAUGGGUUUUGGAACAUGGGAAUGGGGAAAUCAGAUUCUUUGGGGGUAUAAGGAAUCUAUGGAUGGUGACCUUCAACAAGUCUUCAACAUGGCUGUGGAGAAUGGUGUUAAUCUUUUUGACACUGCCGAUUCUUAUGGGACUGGAAGGUUUAAUGGCCAGAGCGAGAAACUCCUUGGGAAGUUCAUUCGAGAUUUUUGA